UAGAUUUAAGAUGGUCGACCAUGUGGGUAAGGUUGUUCUUCCCGGCGAGAUCGUCACCGGUUUUAAAGCAUCUGAGAAAACAUCAAAGGUUAUUCUAGGGCCAGGACUCAGACAGGAGACAGAAACGAUAAGAGCUACAAAACCGGGAAUUUUAAGACACAAAGAGCCCAAUAUUUAUUGGGUCGACAGUCACCAGAAGAGGUACAUACCUGUUAAAGGAGAUACAGUCCUUGGGAUUGUGACAGCUAAAGCAGGUGACAUCUUCAGGGUGGAUGUUGGGAGCAGUGACCAGGCAUCAUUACCAUAUGUAGCUUUUGAAGCUGCUACCAAAAGGAACAGACCUGAUGUGAAGGUUGGAGAUAUAGUGUAUUGUAAGUUUGUGGAGGCCAACAAGGACAUGGAGGGAGAGGUGGUGUGUAUAGACAGCAGUGGCAAAAGUGGAGGCCUUGGUGUAAUUGGCAGGGAUGCAGGAUACCUCUUCCAGGUCCCCAUCAACCUCACAAGGAAAGUGCUCAGUCCUGAUUGUGAAUUGUUCGGAUCACUUGGUAAGAACAUGCGUUAUGAGACGGCAGUUGGGAUGAAUGGUCGGAUCUGGGUGAAAGCAAAGACAGUUGUGGAAACAAUAGCCAUUACAAACGCUAUAUGUGCAUCUGAGUAUAUGACAAACACUGAAAUUAAAAACAUGUGUAAACGACUAGCUGAUUCUAUGGCUGGUUUCUGAGUAACAUGUGUAAACAACUGGCUGAUUCUCUGAGUUAAGUGUGUAAAUGACUGGCUGAUUCUCUGGCUGGAUUCUGAGUUUCUUGUGUAAACGACUGGCUGGAUUCUGAGUUACCUGGAUAAACGACUGGCUGGAUUCUGAGUUACCUGGAUAAACGACUGGCUGGAUUCUGAGUUACCUGGAUAAACGACUGGCUGGAUUCUGAGUUACCUGGAUAAACGACUGGCUGGAUUCUGAGUUACCUGGAUAAACGACUGGCUGGAUUCUGAGUUACCUGGAUAAACGACUGGCUGGAUUCUGAGUUACCUGGAUAAACGACUGGCUGGAUUCUGAGUUACCUGGAUAAACGACUGGCUGGAUUCUGAGUUACCUGGAUAAACGACUGGCUGGAUUCUGAGUUACAUGAUAAAACGACUGGCUGAUUCUCUGGCUGGUUUCUGAGUUUCAUGUGUAAAUGACUAGCUGAUUUUAAUGCCUGGUUUCAGAGUUGCACAUUUUAAGAACCAAUCCACUACUCCAAGCAACUUUAAUUAAUCAUGUAUAAGGACGAGUGAAUGGCUGAAAAUCUAACUCUGGAACAGUGGCGAUGACAUGUGCAAUUCAAGAAUAUAGAGCCGUAACGUUUCCCAAUAUCGGGGCAAAAUUAAUUAAUCGAUCUUGUAAACGAGUGACAAUGAGAGUGGACAUGACUGUUAAUGAGUGGACAUUAUUAAUGCACAGGAAUAGGGUAAGAGGUGAGAGGAGGCAGCAAUGUUUGUAAUAAGACUGUUUCUUGGUGAUGUAAAGACAAAGUGUAUAUGUAUGAUUUGCGAUUCACUUCAUUAUUGUAAGUGCUGUUAAUAAAUGUUGACUUUAUGACU